AUGAAGCCUGUGUCAGGGAGAAAGUCCCCAGUUCUGUACCUCCUUGGGAUUCUGACCGUGCUCCUCUGCCCUGAUGGCUUACAAGGUUGUAGUUCACCACCUGAAAUUAAACAUGGAAGCUUUACAUAUAUCGAAAAAGGAAUAUGGAGAACUGAUGUGGUUGAGUAUGAAUGUCAGGAAGGAUAUACUCUUAUUGGAGAGGCUAGAAUCUCCUGCACAUUUUUAAAUUGGUCACCAAUGGCUCCUGAGUGUAAAGCUCUAUGCCCAAAACCAGAAAUAUCCAAUGGAAAGCUGUCUGUGGAGAAGAAUCAGUACGUCAACCCUGAAACUGUAACUGUCAGAUGUGACCCUGGCUAUAGGAUGGUUGGUUCCCAGAACAUCUUUUGCUCAGAGAACAAAUCUUGGAGUCCGGAUGUGCCCAAGUGUGAGAAGGUGAGUGAUGAAGUUUGUGAGGCAGUCUUGAAAGGCCAAAAACUCCUAAAGUGUCUCCCGAAUGCCUGGGAGGCGAAGGUGGCCCUGGAGUUACGUAAAUUGUCUCUGGAGAUUGAAAAACUGGAACAAGAAAGACGCAAAGAGGAAAUUGCUUGA